UCACAACAAGAAGAAGAGCCAGGGCGCAAGAAGCAAUAACAAACACACCUAGCAGCAAGCUAACGCGCACACAGGCAAAGGGUGUCCUCUACGGUGGACAAACAUAUAUACUACUAACCGUGUAAAAUACGAUGUACACGGACUACAAAGAAGACGUACAGUAAUUUGUCACGUAACAGUUAGCUAACUGGUAUCUGCUAACACUAGCCAGCUAACGCUAAUCCUUCCUGUCUUUGUCAUUUUCCAGUUUAAUUAUAUUGUUGUCGAGAAAGUAGCUUGACAUUUUAAUUCUAAAAAUUAACCUUAAUGGAUUUGACACGGUGACGUGAGAAACUGAAGUGAGCUGACUGGGUUUAGAUAGAACCUCCACGCUGCCGACAUUAGCAGGAUACCAAGAUUAGUGCAACUGUAAACAACCAAGGAUGGCUCACCUUGGUGUGUGGUGCGUGGGAGCUCGAUUGAGUGUCCUUAUGGUGGUUUUCUGCAGCGUACUGGUUCCAUCACCCACACAUGCCUACAUCUAUGCUCAUUAUAGCAAUAUGACCUCCAUGUUGUUUGAGGACCUGCCUGCCUUGUUUGGCUCACAACUUCCUAAGGAUGGAAUAAUGGGAGUUUUGACGGUGUCCCAUCCACUUAAUGGCUGUACACCAAUAGACCCUCCUCCUCCAUUGCCACCAUCUUAUGAUGCCAACACCACCAAAUUCAUCGCUCUCAUCAGACGUUAUGAUUGCAAUUUUGAUAUAAAGGUCUUGCACGCACAGCAAGCAGGAUACAGUGCUGCAAUCAUUCACAACAUGUACUCAGACACGCUGCUCAAUAUGAACUACAGCAAUGAAACUAUUGCAGAGGAAAUUGAAAUCUCCUCUGUAUUCACCAGCUACUAUGCCUCGCAAAUUCUCAGGAAUUUCAUAAUUCCAGAGCAAGGGGCCUACGUGAUCCUCAAGCCGGAGUUUGCUUUCCCACUCUCGUACUACCUUAUUCCCUUCACUGGAGUAGUUGGCAUGAUCAUUCUUGUGAUGUGUGUCGUCUUGAUUAUACGAUGUGUACAGUACAGAAAGAGGCUGAGGAAAAAUCGUUUGUCCAAGGAACAACUGAAGCGGAUUCCAAUCCAUAAGUUCAAUAAAGGGGAUGACUAUGAUUGUUGUGCAAUCUGUCUGGAUGAUUAUGAAGAAGGAGACAAGCUGCGAGUUUUACCUUGUUCACAUGCCUACCACUGCAAGUGUGUAGACCCGUGGCUCACGCAGACCAAGAAGACGUGUCCCGUGUGCAAACAGCGCGUCACUCGGAACAACCCGGAGCACUCCGAGUCCGAGUCUGAGGAGGAAACCGGUGGACGCGGGGAGGAGGAGGGAACGGAGGGCGAAGCAGACUCGGAGCGCACUCCUCUGCUUCGGCCCUCCAACCCAGGGUCCCCCUCAGGGAGCCCGGGGGCCUAUUCAGCUACCACCACUACUACCGCCCAGUGCCUCGCCUCCCCCGCACGCUGCGACUCGCCCAUCCUGGGUUACGAAGGCUACCACUCGCCCCUGGAGGACACGGACUCAGAAAGCGAUGACGCAGGAGAGGACAGGCACCACACUGAUGAUGACACUGCUCAGCUCAUUGGUAGGGAUAGAGUGGAGAUCUGAUGGCGGGAACAUAGCUGCAAUGAGAUUACUUAGUUUUACCUGAAAGGGGUCUUUGUGUCGUCAAGCAGGCUAUCACACUGUACUUUAAAAUAGUUUGCAGAUUUGUGGUUAGCUAGACAUAACAGAAUCGUUUACCCAGUAACCAGAGGAGGUCUACUUGUUAGUGUCAAAGCACAUGAUGAGUUUUACCAAAAUCCAGCAUUGAGCAACCCCCUUCUAUACACACAUUCACUCUAGGACUCCUGUAUUUGUCUGUAGACCUCCUUUUUUAAUGCAUGUUUUAAUCCAUAACUUGACCACGGCACGUGACCUUACUACUAGUGCUGCACAAGAGGAAUGGGCCACUUAAAUCUAAUGUGCUGUAUAAAUAAGAGUGUGACUCAAGUAGGUGAAGCCUGUGUUGCUAAACAGAAUGAAUUCUGUGCUCACACUUAAAGCGGAUCCUCUAAGUUUUCUAUGUGAGGUUAGUGCAGUUUGAAGACUCUCUGUUGUCUUAAUCAUAAUUGUUUUAUAUGUGACGGCCCUUUUUACCAGCUUUGCAUCUUUUCCUAACAAGGAUGUGCACGUGGAGGAGAAAUGUUUGUCUUCAUUUUUAUCUUUUAAUCCUCCUUAGCUCUCUUUUCGCAAUUUUUAAAGCUAUAUUUCAGUUCUUUGAAAUGUCUGAUUUUUCUCAAAUUCAACAGUAAAUUACGCUACAAUAGAAUAUUGCAAAGAUGUUAUACAUUUCUGCUGCUUUUACAUUGUUAUUGAUAAUACUGUGUGGUCAGUUUAAGGAAGAUAUGUUUAGCUUUAUCCAGUUUGUCAAGUUGAACAAACUCAGGUUUUUAGCAACAAAUUAAAGGUCAGUCGGAAUUGUAAAUGAAUAACAUAGUGAGAAUUAACACUAUAAAUUGUUUCAGCUUUUUAAAUCAGCAAAAUAUAGAUUCUUGAUUAUUUAAUGGAUGUUUUUCCAGUUUUAUACACAGCAGAAUGAUAACAUGUUGAAUCGUCGGACCCUGGAGGUGUUUUUAGGAAAAAAGAGCAUUGCCUUACGUUGGCCUUGAUGUACAUGUGUGUAUGUUAAAUGUUUGGAAAUUGAAGGGACAGGAUUCACAAUCCUUUGUUUUCCUUUUGUCUAGCUAGUAUUUAAUACUGCUGGUUAGAAAGCUUUCACUUUGUUCCCUUGUCUGUAAAUGUGCUCCACAUUUGUUUUUAGGGAAACAAACAAGAAAGAGAUUGCUUGUGUUUCCACAUGUUUAGUGCUAGUAAUGAUACAGAUAGACAUGCUUAGACAUGAUUGAUUUGCACCUGAAAAUUUGGACAAGCUCAGCAGCUGUCAAACAAGAUAUGGUUUGUUUCUCUAUUUCAUAAAAAGGCCUAGGUGAUGCUGUUAAAUUGUAUAAAGAGCUGUACAAAUAGAAAACUUUAAAAAGUGGUUUAAGCCAAACUGUUUCACUGUUUUUAUCUUGACCUAACAUCGUAAAUUCGUAACUGGAAUUAUUGUUUUUUUAAUGUAUAAUAACCGUACACGGUUUGGACACUUUUAAGCGCUGUACAAAUUUACCCACACUCCCUAUUCGCCUAGAUGGGAUUAUACAAAUGUGACCAGUGUUUCCUCUGUGUCCAUUCUCCAUUGCUCCACCACAGUCAGAGAAAAUCUGAAAUCAGUCAUUUUAAUUUAGGGUUACUCUCAUCUAGGAUAAAAAAUAGUCCUCCAGAUGUUUUUAAGAAUAGUUUUAUCAGUUAAAAUAACAUGUUCUAAUAUAUAACUUGAUCUAUACAACAUCGGAACCCCCCCCCAAAAUGAUAACAGAGGAGACGCUGUACAUGAUGCAUACUGUAUAUAUUCUGUGUCUGAGGAUUUGUUUUCUGUAAGUUUAGUGUUAGAGAGGGGAAUCAAUCAGUAGGACUCUGAAAUCAUAACAUUCCAUCCUAAUAUCCUACUGAUGAUUGAUUAAAAGACUCAACACUAUCAAAUACUUGAUUGGGACUUGUUGGCAAUAGUCUGUGUUGUAAAAUAGAAUCAUUUUUUUCCUAUUUGCAGUCUGCUUCAAAUGACUUAGUACUGUACUUUUAUUUUGCUCUCUGUCUCAAUUUUAGAGACUGUUAACUGAAACAAAUGGAAAAUAUAUAAUCCCCAAAUUCUGAUGAUUUUUUUCUUCUUUUAGAAUGUGCCUAGUUGAUCACACUUCAAUAAUAAAUGUACAUUGUCAAGAUAUGACUUUAAUGUAUAAAGCAGGUUUGAGAAUCCGUAGGAUGUCUAAACACAGUCUGUGGAAAGUUGCAUUUAACGUGUGAUUUGUGGAAGAUUAAAUGAUAUUGAAACAGGA